AUGGAUGUUCAAGUUCAAGUCAAUGUGGAGCAACCAAAGGUUGUUGGUAUUGAGCAACAAAAGCAUGAAGUCGAUGCACAACCAGAUCGACAACAAAUUGUUGUAGAUGAGGCUGUUGUUCCACCUGAGGUUGUACAACCAGAUAACAACAAUAAUGUUGAUAUUGCUCCGCCUCUGCAACAAGAACAAGUACAACAACAACCAUUGGAUGAUCAAAGCAACAAUAAUAACAACAACAACAAUGUAGAGUCAAGAGAACAAAUUGAGAAAUUGAUAAUAGACCCUAUUACAAUGGAUAUAAUGAGCAAUGCUGUUAUUGCACCUUGUGGACACUCAUUUGAUGAAGGAUCAAUCACUGGAUGGUUGGCAAGACAGUCUACAUGUCCACUAUGCAAGAAGACAUUGUUGCUCAAGGACUUGGCUCCAAACUAUUCAUUACGCGAGCUAAUCAAUCAUUUGGACAAAAUUGACAAUGUACUGGUGGACAAUGAGCGUGAGAAGCGCACCCAAGUCCAACAAGAACAAAAGCAUCAGGAGAUCUCAUCUCAGAUAUCGGUGUUGGCUGCACAACUCUCCCAGUUGUCCACCAUCAUCAACAAUGGACAGUCUGCUUGCGGUUCGCCAAUCGUCCAGCCUGCAGUCUCAUCGCCAGUCGCUGGCGCAUCAACUGAGCCCAAGAAGGCCAACUAUCAAAUCAGAGAACUGUGGGCCAACGAAGCCGUCACAGCCUCCUACUUAAUCGAGCGAUCGACAAGACUUGACCCAUUCAUGAACUAUUUCUUCCAGAAUGUAUAUUGGAGAAAGUCUGGCGCAGAAUGGUAUUGCCAGAAGAUGGUGGAGUACGCCGUAAAGAAGGCAAGAGUAUGGGGACUGUUCACUGAACAGUCUCAAUCUAGACAGACCCUGUCUGGAAUUAUGAUCUGUCAACCACCCUUCCAGGUUGGUGUAUCCAUGGUGGAUAUGUUACGUAUUGGCAUGUUAGGCGCACCCCUAAAGAUGGGUGUGGCGCCACUCUCCAGAGUACUGGCACUCUAUGAGGUAGCCGAAAGAGAGCAUCGUAUUCACACAAAUGGUGUGCCCCACUGGUAUCUCAAUUGUGUGUGUAUAGAUCCAGAGGUCCAGAACAAGAAGAUUGGAACAGAGUUGGUUGGCACUAUUAUCAAGUUGGCGGAUUCACAAAAGGUGUCCGUGUACACUGAUACUGCACAUCCAGACAACCUUAGAUUCUUUGAACGACUUGGAUUCAAAGUGAUGAAGCAUGUUACUGAGACUGGUACUAUUCCAUUCUGGGUUUUGAUCAGAGAGCCUCAUUUCUGA